AUGUCUAUGAUGGACUCGGAGGACGUGUUCUUCUGCCUUGAGAACCGGCUGGCAUCGUUCCAAGCAACACAACCUGCCUCCAAAGGCAGAGCCUCCAAUGCAAACUCUCGCGGUCCAAAACAGCUGCAAUGGCCACACAAAACCCUCUCCCCUGUUGCGUUUGCAAAAGCCGGAUUCUUCUUCGAGCCAUACCCGCAAAGCCCCGACAAUGUUGUGUGCUUUUUGUGCGACAAGUCACUCGACGGGUGGGAAGAGCAUGACAAUCCUCUGGAGGAACACCUGAAGCACUCGCCAACGUGCGGGUGGGCCAUCAUGGCAGCCAUCGAGGCCGGCAUGGGCAACUAUGGGAAGGUACACCCUCUCGACCCGUUCAUGGUCGAGGCCCGCAAAGCAACGUUUGCCGGCAGGUGGCCCUACGAGACCAAAAAGGGCUUCAAGUGCAAGACUAAAAAGGCCGGCUGGAAGUACACACCAUCGCGGGAGGCGGAGGACAUGGCCACGUGCGCCUACUGCCAACUCGCCCUCGAGGGAUGGGAGUCGGACGACAACCCGUGGGACGAACACUACAACCGUGCGCCCGAAUGCCCAUUCUUCACUCUCAUCAGCUCGCAACCGGCACCAAAGAAGUCGGGGAGAGCCAAGGCAGCUAGACCCUCCAAGGCCUCGCGGCUCUCGGUGCAGUCCAUUGCUACCAUCGCCACUGGUGCCUCCGACUUGACCUCUGUUGGAGACCUCACCCUCGACCAAGACGACAGUGUUAUGACAACUGCGUCCACCAUGACCCAAGGUGCCAAGAAAACGACAAAGGGACGCAAGGCGACUACUGCAAAGGGCCGGAAGGCCAAAGCAAAGAAGGAAGAGGUCGUCGAGAUACACGAAGACGAACCGCAAGUAGAAGCACCUCCACCAAAGCCCGCCAGAGGACGUAAGCGUUCUAGCGACACAAUGGAGGAACCUUCCAUGAUCAACGCCGAGGCUCCAGCUCCCAAGAAACGGGCCACACGCACCAAGAAGAACGCUGCCGUAGAGCCGCCCGCAGCGCCACAAGACGUUGAUAUGGUCGAUGUCAUUGAGCAGCCACCACCCCCGGCCAAGAAGAAGGGCCGGGGGCCCACCACAAAGUCCCGCAAGGUCUCGCAAGCCUCGGUCCAGUCGGAGCCAUUGGAUGUGCCAGAUGACGAUGAGAUUGAGCGCCAAUUAGAAGCCGAUCCCGACCGGUACGAAGAGCCAGCUCUCGAAGAACCAGUCGUCGAAGAACCAAUCAUCGAAGAGCCGGUUGUCGAAGAGCCAGCUGCUGCAGAGCCGGUUGUCGCAGAACCCGAGGUGGAAGCGCCACGGCCAAAGACAAAAGGAAGGCCCAAGAAAUCUACCACUGCACGCAAGACAAGUCAGGUGGCGGAGGAAGAGAGCAGGAUACACCCCAUGUUCGACGCAACACCUGCGGAACCUGACGAGGCCGAGAUCGAUGCUGAAUACAAGGCUCUUCUCGCCGAGGUUGAUCCAGAACCAGAGGAGCCAGAGGAGCAAGAGAUCAUGGUCCCGAAGAAGGGACGGAAGGCAGGGACUCGGAAAACAUCAAAGACGAAGAAGCCUAAGGAGCCUGUGGCCGAGCCAGAACCUGUGGAUGAAAUCGCCGAAGCUCCUGCGCCAUCAGUCGGUGAUGUCCAGUACCCAACCCUUAAGAUGGAGGAUGCCGUUCCAGAACCUGAGGCCAAGUCAGAGCCUCAACCAGAAGAAGUUGAUCCGGAUGCCAGCAGCGGUACUGUUGUAACCCAGCCUGUGAAGAGGGGUCGCGGUCGUCCCUCGAAGAAGUCUUUGGCUGAACGGGCAUCUCUCGAGGCACGGGCGUCUCUGGAGGUCCGGGCAUCACUCGACGCACGAGCGUCCGUCGAGGACGUCGAACCGGCACCAAGGCCACGACGAUCAUCUGCCAGAAUAGUCAAAGCUCGCGAGUCUGUUUUAGCGAAGGCGACGACGCCAGAACCGGUCCAGGUUGAGAAGAAGCCUGCCAAACCUCCAACACCACCACCCGCCCCAGUUGUCGAAGCUGCACCUGUCCCACCGACCCCGAUGAGAACCAACAAGUCUCUUCCACCACCUCCUCCUUCAUCUGCCAGCCAGCACCCAUCAACGCCGAGAACACAACCCAGCCGACGGGCGAAACAAGCAACCAUGUCCCCUUCGCCGUCGCCGCAAUCCUCGGAUGCAGAAAACACACGGCGAUCGCUGACCAAGACAACAGCUGUUAGCGUCGUCUCCAACAGAGUUGCGCUAUCACCAGUUGUUGCCACCCCGAGUCGGAGUUCCCCGUCGAAACGAGCUACGCUGGGCGGACUUCAGAGUGCCACGCCCUGGCAGCCGACAGAUCUCGAGAUGGUAUUUUCACCAUCGAACAAUCCAAACAAGGAGAAUGGUGUCUCCAGGUUGCUGAGCAAGGGCAAGGACUUGACCAGCCCUGAGAAGGGCAUGACGGUGGAGGAGUGGAUUUACCACAAUGCUGAGCUGGCAGAGCAGAUGCUCAAGAUGGAAUGUGAGAAUAUGGUCUCGGCCUUUGAGAGGGAGGGUACGAGGGCGAUGAGGGUGUUGGAGGGGCUGAUUGUUGAGUAG